AUGGAUCUGGCCUACGACCACAUCGUCGAGGAGUCGCUGCCCAAGGAGGAGGACGGCAAGCGCAAAAAUGCCAGCGGAAGCGCCGAGCAGACGCAGAACAGCCUGAACGCCGAGUUUCAGGAUGCUUACAAGGCCUUCUCUGCGAGCCCCUGGGGCGCGAAGCUAGGCGGAUUCUUCGGGAAUGUGGUCAAGCAGGGCGAAACCGUGUACCAGGGAGCACAGAAGGAACUCACCGCGGUGGGGAGCGAGGCCCAACGCGGGUUCACGGGGCUGACCAACGCCGUCAUCAGCCGGACAAGGGGCCUGUCGCUGGCCGGCGGGGCCGAGGCGGGGGCCGCGGAUGGGCAGCAGCAGCAGCAGGGCGAAUCGAGCACCGGCGAGAAGGCCAAGGAGCUGACGACGGACGAGGCCAUCACGGAGUCCGAGAACGUGCUCUCGCGGCUGCGGUCCGAGGCCGCCAAGCGGCUCAAGGACAUCCAGAGGGCCGAGGAUGCGGCGGACGAGGCGCUGCUGCGGUUCGGCACCAAUAUCAGCGCGUUCCUGCGGGACGCGGUGAGCAUCGCGCCGCCCUCGGGCGACGGCAACAACAACAGCGGCAACAACGGGCAGGGCGGCGGCGACAGCACGGUGCUGUUCGAGAGCAAGGACGCCGCGGGCAAGAGGGUCAUCCACACGAGCCGGUUCGACGCGCAGCUGCACGUCAUCCACACGUCGACCGAGAGCUUCACCAAGAACCCGGCGACGGGCGACUGGGACACGUGGGGCGCCGAGUUCGACAUCAAGGGCAAGACUGAGGACAUCAGCAGGGACCUGGAGAAGUACCCGGAGCUGCGGGCGACGAUGGAGAAGCUCGUGCCCGAGACGAUACCGUACGAGGACUUCUGGAAGAGAUACUACUUCCUGAGGCACGGCAUUGACCUCGCGGAGGCGAGGAGGAAGGAGCUCUUGAAGGCCGCAUCUGCCGAGGAGGAAGUCGGCUGGGACGAGGACUCGGACGACGAGGCCGCCGGCCCAAGCAAGUCCGACGAGCCCAAGAGGCCCGGCUCCACGGGGUCCUCCACCACAAUCCACCCUCCCACCAAGUCUGCCGAGAAGCCGUCCACGCUCCUGAAGCCGAACGAGUCCCGCAAGUCCAACGACGAGAGGUCGCAGCCCGACAGCGAGACAAGCUAUGACAUGGUCGGGGCCGCGUCUGGCGUCCCGAGCAACGCACCCAACAGCCCCCGGGAAGGCCGCAAAGCUGACGAUGACAGCGACGAGGACUGGGAGUAA